AUGGCGCCAGCAAAACUCAGGAAAUUGAAAGAGCAGUUGCAAGAUCUUCUGAGUAAGGGGUUUAUUCGCCCCAGUGCCUCUCCGUGGGGUGCUCCUGUGUUGUUUGUUAAGAAGAAAGAUAGGUCUAUGCGCAUGUGUAUUAAUUACCGUCAACUAAAUAAGGUCAGGGUACCAUCAGUUGAAGAUUCGGGUAAGAUGUUCCUAAAACCGUUUUUCGGACCGGUGAAAUAUGAACAUCAGAAACUUAGGAGUACACUUCAGAGGAUGCCCAUUCCUGAAUGGAAGUGGGAAAGGAUAACCAUGAAUUUCGUGGUCGGUCUUCCAAAGACGUUGGGGAAGUUUGAUUCCAUUUGGGAUCAAUUCUUGCCUUUGGCUAGGUUUGGCUAUAAUAAUAGCUAUCACACGAGUAUUGAUAUGGCCCUAUUUGAGGCGUUGUAUGGAAGGAGGUAUAGGUCUCCUAUUGGAUUGUUUAAUGCAUUCGCGGUGAGGCCGUGGGGUACCGACCUUCUGAGAGAGUCCCUAGAGAAGGUAAAGGUGAUUCAAGCCAAGUUUCUGGUAGCGCAGAGUAGGCAGAAGGAGUAUGCAUACUGCAAAGUCCAAGAACUUGAGUUUGAGGAAGGAGAGCAAGUGUUGUUGAAGUUGCAGCCAGAGAAGAGAGAGCUAGCCUGUGAAGUCCGUCGGCUAGCCAGCCUUGGAGUUCGAUUGAUAGACUCAGGUGAUACAGGAGUUACAGUUCAGGAUACAGCGAUGUCAUCUCUGGUAGCUGAAAUAAAGGAGCGUCAGUAUGAAGAUCCUAUCUUAGCACAAUAUUGUGAUACGACUCCUCAGAAAGAAAAGACAACCUUUGUGAUUUCAGGGGAUGGAGUACUCAGGUAUCAAGGAGAUCCCUCGAGAGUGGUACUAGUAGAUGAUGUUCAGGUAACUGAGCAGUUAUCAUAUGAGGAGAUUCCAGUGCCUAUAUUAGAUAGACAAGUCCGUCGGCUACGGAAUAAGGAUAUGGCUUCUGUUAAGGCACUCUGGAGGAAUAAUAAUGUUGAAGAAAUGACAUAG